AUGGGCCGCGCAACAUACGCCUCCGUUGGCGAGAUCGGGCCGGAUACCGAGGACUCUCUCCCACAAUAUCCACAUACUGAAGAGCUUCGGCGUUAUGGCGGCUGGAUGAACCCUUACUUUAUAAACUUUGGUCAGUCGGGUCUCGAAACCCAGUAUCCCUCCUUGCCCGCUUUGGGCAUGGACAUGAGCAAUGAAGAAGCUGCACGUCAAGAUCCUCUGCCCAUCCCGUCGCCGCCCCAGUUGGAUACCUUUUUUUUGGCCGAGCGCUUCCAGCAAGAGAUCAACGAUGGCUUCAAGGCCUGGCAACUCGCCUCUCUUCACCAGGGCCUCCCCCCCGUCAGCGAAGCCUCCAUCGCUGUCAACCCCCAAAUGUGGCACCCAAUCUUCCAAAAGGCCCGCUGGUACGACCUCAAGUCCCCCGUCGACAUUACCAACACGUCUCUCACCGCUCCCCAUUGGUCCAUCGACAAUCCCGACGUCUUUGCCGAGUUGGGCAUCUGCGUAGAGAUGGCAAACAAAAUCUUUGCCGAGGCCCAGUGUACCAAGUGGCUACACGCCCUCUUGUUAAAAGACUGGGACCCAAUUACGGGAACCGAGUACCAAAGAUACAACAGACGGACCGGCGUCGAGGCCCAGCGCUUUCAAGCUCACGGUGACCCAGAUGCCCCCUUGACCCAGGCCGCACGGAUACGGCUUUACAACGAGACCACUGACCUCGCCGACCGCAUUGUUUGGUCCUUCUUUGACGGCGACGAUCCUAAUGCAUUUGGCUUCGCAAAUUCGAGGUCGGACAAGGUCACGUCCGCCUAUACAAUGCUUGCAAAGGACAAGAGGACAGACGAACAAUUUGUCGUCAUUCGCAUGAAUGCUCGGAUUUUGAGGACUUUGCUGCAAGACAACAACGGUACCAACAACCCGGCGGAAUGUCUUCGAUACGGCGAAAAGCACAUUGCUCGUCUGCAGUUUGCCGUUACGAUGAUACACGAAUUGGCGCAUGCGCUUAACUUUGCCGCAUUGCUUAAAGAAGGUGACGCUCCUGAUACGUACGAACCAGUCUACAACAGCGAGUGGGUGGCUGAGCUGGGCUAUUCAAUCGAAAAUAAUCUCUUUGGUGGUACAUUUCGCUACACCCCAGAAGGCACAGAAAAUGAUCUAAUUCCGUCUACACUGCCCGGUUUGCGGCAGUAUGGGCUGGCCCUAUACACAUUUGAAGACACCAAUUGGAUAUAUAGCUCAAGUAACUAUACCAUCGACAAUCAUAUUCACUGGCCCUCAGGUCAGCCCAUAUCCUUCGACAGGUAUCCCAUUCCCGCCUUCUUCGCAGCCUCCCUCCAACUCCAAGAUUUUUGGGACGUGUUGGUAGGAACCAAAGGCCGAGGCGCCCUACGGCCACCCCGCCCCUUUAGGACCCCCGUACUGGACCAGCACGAGAUCACCCGCGUCUUCUCCGUGGUCCCCAACCCCAACAACCCCCAAAACUUUGACGCAUAUCCUGAAAUAGCCGCUAGAUACCAAGAUUGCGUCGACCACCUCCAACUCCGCAAGAAAGCAUGGAAACGCUGGCGCGGUAUUUCAGGACAAAAUGACCAUUUCGCCCAAGCCUAUGCCUACUGGCAACGCACCCCUUACUCCCUCGCGGGAUGCCGCAACUGCGUCGAAGUGUUCAGCGAUGCCGCCUCCUGUCACGACGAGAAGACUUGCACGACCAUGAUCAACACGCUUCAGACGAGGAUCGAGGAAUGGGAGCAACGCGCCGGCCCGGCCAAGUCCCUGGGCUUCGUCUACCGCAUUCUGCUCCACCUCAUGAGAGCGGCUAUUCCCUGGCGAAGGAAAGCGGUCAGGUUCAAAAAAAAGCAAAAGAAUUUCCAGACUGAAGCGCCCAACCUUUGGCAUCCGAGCAUCAACGCUCUUGUCAAGGGAACGAGGUGGAGAUUUCCCGAUCGCCAUGUAUAUGGCGACGACGCGGGCAAGAGCUGGACCACGUUGAAUCUGUACGGCCAAAAAUACGCGUCUCACACUGCCUACGACGCCCGUGUCGAUGUCAUUUCCACAGCCCUUCGCGAUGGGCGCAGGUGCUGGACCAUCACCCCGACUCCCAUAGGGCUGCUGGAUGCCAUUAGGCAGUUGGCACAUGAGCUCCUUGCUGCACUCGACCACGAGGCGGAUCUCCGCGGCCUUGAAACUGAGGGCUGGCUGCCCUUCAACUUUACCUUUCCGGACUGGGUCAUGGGCUUGGAGAAGGGAGGCUCGAAUCAGGUCGGCGACGUGGUGGAAGUGUCGGAAGCGGAAGAGAAGCGGAGGAAUAGGAAUGCACAUCGUGCGUUCCUAGGGAGCGCGCCGUCGUCGCCUGUCAGUUCGUGGGCAUCUGAUGCCAGUGAUCGUGAUGAUGAAAUGAGUGAUAGUGAUCAUGACAGUGACGACGACGGUGACGACGACAGUGACGGCGACAGUGAUAAUGAUAGUGACAUUGAGAUGGGCGGUCAGGAACAGAGUCAGGGUCAGGGUAUUGCCAGUCGUCUAAAGAUGGUUUUGGACAUUGGGAAACUGAGCGGUGUCUCGAAAGCCAUGAAGAGCCGGGGUCCCACCCGCGGUAUCUCCAAACCUCGUGGCCGUGGUUUCCGCGGUAGACGAGGCGGUGAUGGUGGUAGCCGAGGAGGCGGUAACCCCGGUGCCGGUCUUAUCCGCCGUCGCGGUCCCCUCCGCGCAGGCAGAUCCCAAAAAGCCUGGCGAUCCGUAACCCACGAUGUCAAUGAUAGCGACGGGGAGGAGGAGGAGGAGGAGGAAGAAGAAGAGGAUGACACUGAUCCUGAUGCUAUGGACAUAGAAUACGCAAGCCUCUCUUCGCUCUCUCCCCCACAGCAAAAUUCGCCUAUCCGAUCUAACCAGCCCCUCCCCGACGAUCUCAACUUCUCCCAGCUGCAACUUAACAACCGCCACCGCUUCGUUCUGGACGAGUUUUACAAGUCUGGCUUUCUCUCCAAGUCUGAAGCCUUUCAACUUUUGCUAGCCCACUACAACUUCCACAACUUUGACGAAACCUGGGAGAAUUUGGGACAACCGUACUUCGAGUGGCCUGCCGAAGGCGGCACCAAAUCGUUCUAUACAUAUAAUGGUGACGAGGCUUUGGCAGACGUGAAGGAUGUAGACGACUGGGCCGAGGUGGGUGUUGUUGAACAGUGGGAAUCAACCGCUCAGGGCCUUUUUUGCUACCACCGCCCCCACCAAAAAAGCAGCACAGUCAAGUCACACGUUGCCCAACGUUGUCCCGAAGGCUGGGUGGUCAUCGAUAACACGAUCAAGAAAUAUCUCCAGUCAAAUGCUCAUACGCUGUUUCGCGGUAAGCUCCUGCAGGAGAGAACGCUGGAAGAGGUGAGAGAGUUUCAUGGACGGGAUGGGGGGCCAAGGUGGGCGUAUAUCGGGAGGGAUGUUUUUGAUCUUAGUAGCAUCCCAGAGGAACACGAUGGCUUUUUGAAGGUUUUCGUCCGCAACAACAUUGUAACCUGCCAGGACUUGACCGUGUUCUGCCAUAAGUACAAGAAGAACCCCGUGGAUCUCAGGAACCUGCUGUGGCCGUGGCGGUGCGCAGUUCUCAAGGACUACAUUAUGCAACCCCCGCCGAGAUGGACACUGGAUGUUUUUACUGAAAGGGAGCUUGGACGACAUGCUUUCAAGGAAGUAGGGAUGUAUAUUCGCAUCCGAAACAAUGUCUAUGAUAUUUCUGAGUAUGUGGAAGACCACCCCGGCGGCGCCAGACGCCUAGCCCUCAACGCCGCUCACAAUGUCACGGACAUCUUCACCGAGAAGCAUGUCCUUGACCAGGAAACAUACUCUUGCAUCAUUCGCCCCUCUCAGGACACCGAAGAGGAGACCGUAAAGGACAGGUUAUCCAAAGUCCUGAAAAAGUUUGCACACCUCCGGAUCGGCUUCGUAAUCCCGGAAGUCCAGCCAAAUCACCAGCUCGGCCCUAGGAGCCUGGUCCUUAACGGUUACAUUUACGAUUUUGCUUAUAUCGAGGACCGCAACGGCCGACCUCCAUAUCGCUCAUGGCUUACCCCCUCAGCGCUCGGAACUCUCCGCCAACUCUACGGUCAAGAUAUCACGGAACUCCAUAACAGCGAGACUAGGCGAGGUCAACAGCUGCGCGAGAUCUUUCGCGAAGUAUCCAAACUCAAAGCCGAUGUAAUCAAGGGGAAGAUCUACCGCCCUCCCACUCGGCAGAUUACUCUCCGCGAGCUGAAACACCACGGCAUCAAAACCCUCGCCACAAGGACCCAGCGCAAGCGCAGAGCCGCUCAAUGGGCGAAGCUGGUCUACGCUGGUGGCCGAACCCUAGCCCAAUGGGCCCACAACAGCAUCGUCAAUAGCGAACCCGCCCUAUGGGUAAACGUUGGUGGCAUAGGCGGACUUGUCUACGACGUCAGCGAGAUGGCGCGGUACGCUAAGCCUCGUAUAGCGCGCCUUGCAAGGUCCGUUUCGGGCACGAUGAUCCCUUCUGCGUUUGCCAACCAGGAAGAAGAAAGUCAAGAACCGGGAGAGGAAGAUGGCGCGGACGCGAUUCGGGAGUAUAACGCGAAGUGGAUAGCCACGAUGCUGACGGAGGUCUUUGCCGCGCGGGCGGUAGGUGUUUUGGUGGAGGAUCCGCCGGGUAUGAGCAUGAGGGAGCAAGAGGGGGUGGCGGAAAGUGCUGGGGAGAGUGAGGACACGGAUUUGGAAGCGACCUGGGCAUAUGAAGGUGAUGGUAAGGCAUAUGUUGAUGUCGCCGGUGAAGAAGGGAAUGGAGAGCAAGAAGACAACUGGGAUAUCGACCCAGACCUGCUUUCCAGCCGGGAUCGUGCCAAACUCGCCCGGCGACAGAACGUCACGCCUAGUCCACCUCGUUCUCAACCAACCCCAGGCUCCCGGCCGUCUGCCCGUGUUCCCACCCCGGGAGCAGUACUGGUAGCCCCUACCGUGGACAAUAGCGCCGCCCUCUUCCGACCUGGAGGACGUCGACUCCCUCCUCAAAGCCAGACCCGGAACAAUAACCUCGCUCGCCGUCUCGACUUCGAAGCGGCACCAGCUCCGAGACCAACCAACACCCCCCAGAUACAUGGCAAGAGACCAAGAAGUGAGCUAUCGGAAAUCAUCGAUGGCAUGAAGAUCAACUUCAACUUCCAGAGCAAGUCAACGGAUACUAGUAGCUCCUCCAACGAUGACAACGACGCACCCCCUUCCCCCACGGCUGGGAAAAAGGGCAGACCAAGAGUGGUCAGACCCAAAAAAAGGAAACGACCACUGAAACGGUCAGCAGACAAAUCUUCGUCACAACCGCAGGCUAAACGGCCUCGAUUAACUGGACAAGCUGCUGAAGAUGAUGCCGCGGCUAAGAAGGACCAGGUAAAAGGGGAGAAAAAGACCAAGGCGGCGGGAGCGGCUGCAAAAGCAAAGGCAGAUACGAGGGAGAGGAAACCCAUUAAGAGGGGGCCUGAUGGUAAGAGUCAGAAGCCGGCGUCGGUGCCGCUGCCGAGGGGGAGUACGCCUGUUCGUCCUGGUGCGGGUGCUGGUGCUGUGCCGAGUAAGCAUGUGACGCCUGGACUUAUUGGGGAAAGAAGGCCCAUGGCUACUGUCCUUGAAGGAAAUGAAAAUGAGAGUGAUGUCGGAGAACGUAGAGGUCAGAAGCGAGACAGGAGUGAUUCGCUUGAAAACUCGCAACAAUGGCUAAAGGAGAAGAGAAAUCAAGGCAAGAGGGCAAGACAAUUGUCCCCUGACGAGCCGGAGCAAGAACAAGGAGGUAACAAUGAGGAUGCUGGCGACGGACAGAGAGAUCGUCAACGCCCGGCAACUUCCCAGCCUCAAGGCCGGCGAGAGGCUGAAAGAGGUCAAGGUCAGUCCCAGCGUCAACCGCCAUCGGGACGAGCACAAGCUGCUGCACCUGGAGGCGAUCCGCCAAGCCAGCCAUCUUCACAGGGCUCAGAGGGCAGAAGGCCAGGUCGAAGGGUGGGAAGCAGCCCCCACCGACCCAUUUCCAUCUCAAGUCGUGAGUCGACUUCCAGUGACGACGACGGGAGGAGUCCACCCCCUCAACCCGCCGGCCGGAGCACAAAACGUGGACCCUCUGCCCCUCUCCAUUCACCAGGUGCAGCACGCACAGAUAUAAUCAGAAGUCCAGGUCGAUCAAUUGGUGGCCGAUUCCCACCUCAACCUCAAACGGACGAUGACGAAGUCGAGAACGUCGUUGAAGAAGAAGACAACGACGAUCUUUUUGGCCACGAAGACGAUCUUUUUAGCAUUCCAAACGAAAAUAUGGACAUAGGCCACGACGCCCAACUCCAAAAAGCCGAAGCGGCCGCCGCCGCCGCCGCCCAAGAUGAACCCAACCCCGAACAAGAAUCUCCACAACCAGGUAUCCCCUCCCCCAUCAGACCCCGACAACCUAGAAUCAAACAUGUCAACCGUGCACCUCCAGUGAGAGAACAGCCCGUUCAAAAUCGCCCUAUUCCAGGCCGUGGCAAGUUCGUUCCUGGUCAGGGACCCAGUCCGGGCCCGAUCAGACGGUAUGAACCGGGGUCGGACGAUAGGGAUCAGUUCACUGGUUAUAGGGAGAGGAAUGAGGAUAGGUCUAGUGCUGAGGGGACGGAUGAAGAUGACAAUGAGGAUCAUAAUACUGAGGAGGAGGAGGAUGGCGAGUAUGAGGAGGAGGAUGGUGAUGGUGCUGGACGUGGACAUUCUGGUAGCUCUCGCAGAUCGAGGGGUUCUCGUGGCUCUCGUGGAUCCGGCGCCAACAGGUGGUCCGAGUAUUCGGGGGACAGCAUGUUCCACUCUCCUAACCGAAACAGAAACAGGCAUGCCGAGAGGGACGCUACGCCUGAACAAGAAGACAACGACGAAGAUGUCGCCAUGGGCGGCGUUGACGACGUCGACAAUGAAGAAGCACAGCUACCCAAAACUCCACCCCCGGUCGACAACCGCGAUCCCCGCCAUCCGGACUACCUCACUCCCCACCUCCGCCCCGAGUAUACUCCGCGCCAGCGCGCCUACCUGCUGGAGCUCCAUAAUAACCGCGUUAACUACUCUCCCACCUCUCGACAGCAAUUUGACAGGCAAGCCCGAUACGAAUACACCGUCAAUCGACCAGCGCUCCCAGGUAGACGUCCCCGUGCCCCCUUCAGGACACCCGCCAGGUUUCUAGUCAAGGGAACACCCCGUGCCAUCCUCAACGACCAACAGCUAGAGCAACAAAUGCGUGGGGCAAUUGAUCAAGCAGUCACGGGGUUCAGGGAAAUGAGAGAAAGGGUCCUGGCACACCUAGAGGACCGAGAGCCCGUCCUUAACCGACCCCCGCCAGACCAUACGGGAGGGAAGUUCAUCCCUGAGCAUGGGUAUCAUGGACAUCCACCUCUUCCAAGGCCACCGCAAAUGGAAGACAGGGGCGAAGACGAAGAAGAAGAAGACCUGGAAGAAGAUCCGGAAAGUUUUGCCGAGGGCGAGGCGAGGGUCCGAAGGGAGGCGUUGGAGCGGUUUAUCAGGAGUUAUAGGGAGAGGUUUAGGGAUACUUUGGAUCCGAGAGAUGUGGAUAGGAGAGAGAGGAUGAUGAGGGCGUGGGCAAAUGGAAGGGAGUAUAUCAUUGAGGUCGAGGAACCGGAUGAGGAAUCGCCGGAGGAUAAGAAAGGGAAGAAGAAGGGGAGGAAGGGAGCUACUGCCUCUAGAAGAGGUAGAGGUGCUGGUGUUGGUGCGGCUUCCAGCGCUGCUCCUGAUGAUCCUUUUGCUCCUGCUCCUGCCCCUGCUCCUGCCCCGGCCCCAUCCCGUACUACCCGGGCCCGGGCCUCUGCUGCCCCGGUUCCUGCUGCGCCCAUUACGCGGAGCACUCGCAAUAGGCCUGCUGCACAUGACUCGGACGAAGAAGCUCAACUGGUGGCUCAACUGCAAGAGGAAGAAGCUCGACGAGAGGCGGAAAGACAGCAAGCUGCUGAGCAAGCUGCGGAGCGGAGGACGGCGAGGGCAGGUGGAAGGGAUGCUGUAGCACAGCCUCAACCCGAGUCUCGACCGGCUCCUACUCCGAGACCAGCACCGGCACCACAACCCCGAGUUCCAGCUCAGCUAUCAUCUCGCCCAGCUGCACCCGCUGCACAGGCACCUCGCCUAUCUGCACCUUCUACACAAGCAGCCCGACCAGCCUCAACUCGUCCAGCAGGUGCCACAGGCCAACAGCCAUCCCGCCCAUCGGCACCCACCACACAAGCACCUCGUUCAGCCUCAACUCGUCCAGCCGGUGCAGCCCCCAGCCAACCCCGUCCUACAGGAACCCAACCCCGUCCUACAGGAACCCAACCCCGUCCUUCAGGAAACCAACCUCGUCCUACAGGAAGCCAGCCUCGUCCUAUAGCAAGCCAACCUCGUCCUUCUGGAAGCCAACCUCAUCCCUCAGGAAGCCAACCUCGUCCACCCCCUCCCCCUCCUGCCCCGCUCCCCCGUCAACGUCGCCGCGGUGACGCCGAUCCCGAUGUCUAUCAACCGCUCCCCAUUCCACCCAACGAGACUGCCACACAACGCGCCGCUCGCAUCAAGCGUGACAAGGAGGAAAGGAAGAAACAUCGCGACAGGAAGUAUCAAGCGGAGAGGAGAGCAAGGGCACGCGAGGCAGAGGAUGCUAUUGCCGCAGCAAAGAAAGGGAAGAAAAAGAAGCAGAACGAGGAGGAUGACUACGAGGAUGAAGAUGAGGAAGAUGAGGAAGACGAAGAAGAAAUGACAGAAGAGCAGAAGAAGAGAAGAGAGGAGCUCAGAAAGUUAAAUGCCAAGAGGCUGAAAGAUAAGUUGUAUAGAAGGCAGAAGAGGGCGAGAGAGAGGGAGGAGGCGAGGAGGGCUGAGGAGGAGGAGGAGGAUGAUAGUGAUGAUGAUGAUGAGGAAAGUGAUAAGGGGAAGAAAAAGAAGAAGGGGAAGGCGGUGGAUAAGGGCAAGGGCAAAGCUCUCGACAAGGGUAAAGGCAAAGCCACGAAGGCCACGAAAAAGGGCAAGAAAAAUGAUGACUCGUCUGAUGAAGAUGAGGACUCGGACAAUAGCAACGAAUCCUACGGCGACGAAGCCUUCAACAACUACCGCGGUCGCGCAGGGGAGAGUAGCGCGGUGGGAGGUCGAAGAGAAGCCAGGGCUACGAGGGGAGCUAGUAGGGUUGUGCAUGAGGAGGAAGACGAAGAGAAUGAGGAUGAUGACUUGAGCGAUUGGGAUUCUGAGCAGGAUCGGUCGAGCGAUGACGAUUGGGAGGCGUAG